AUGUACAGACACGGGACAUGCACCUGGAAUCCCAGCUCUCUCCAGGACCUGGCGCGGCAGUGCCUGCUGAAGGACUCUGAGAUGUCCAUCGCUGACCUGGAAGACAUCCCCAUGGAGCUCUUCCCACGGCUGCUCCUGGAUGCAGUCUCUUUCCUGUCUCUUAAGACUCUGAAGGGCUUAGUGCUUACCUGGCCCUUUCCUGUCUUACCCUUGGGGAUUUAUGUCCACCAAUCCAAUCCUGUGACCUCUUAUUUUAAAGCGCUGAUGGAUGGACUUGAUGCUUUGCUGGCCCAGAAGGUUCGACACAGGCGGUGCAAACUGCAAGUGGUGGAUUUUCGUCCCAUCAGUGAGAAAUUCUGGCAUCGCUGGUGUGGGAUCCCUCUCAAGAGCAGCGCUUACGGGAAGGAGCCGGUGGACCGCGGGGAUUCGAGAAAGCACACCUCCGCUUCCUUGGAGGUGGUCUUGGACAUUACUUUUGGCUUUGCUGUCCUCCCGAAGCAAGUCACCUACAUCCUUAACUGGGUGAGGGAGAGAAAGGGGGUCCACCUGUGCUGUAAGAAGAUGACCUUGUAUGAAGAGCCCGUGCCCGCCUCGCUGCUGAGCGUGAUUACACCCGAGUGCGUCCAGGAGCUGGCGGUGUUUUCCACCUGGACGCUGGGCACCAUGAAAUGGUUUGCUCCUUUCACGCUUCUUCUGGGCCAGAUGAGCAAUCUGCAGAGACUCGUCUUCUUCACCAGGCUCGGACCCCAGGAGCCGCAGGACCAGAAACUGUACGGAUCCCUGCUGGCCUCUCAGCUGCCCAGGCUGCAGAGCCUGCGAGAGCUUCGUGUGGAGUGCCCCUUCUUCCUCAGGGGCCACGUGGGCCAGAUUCUCAGGUGCCUGACCAGGUCUCUGGAGACUUUGUGCAUCACGGAGUGUCCGCUCCCAGAACCAGACUUGACACAUCUGUGCCAGUGCCCCAACCUCACCCAGCUGAAGGAACUGUGUCUUCGAGGCGUCCCACUGUGCUCUGUUGGGGAGUCCCUCCCAAAUCUGCUGGAGAACUGUGCUUCCACCCUGCAGGACCUGGACUUAGGGGUGUGCGAGCUCCUGGACGCCCACCUAGAGGCCAUCCUGCCUGUGCUGAAACUCUGUUCCCAGCUCAGGAUCCUGAAUCUCCGUGGGAACCUCAUGUCCAAGGGCACCCUGGUCCUGAUGCUGCGCCAACUGGCCGGGCUGCCCCACCUAAUGCUCGAGGUGUAUCCGGCCUCGCAGGAGAGCUACAGUGCUUCGAAGAUGCUCCACCAAAGGACCUUUGAUCUGCUUUGUGCAGAGCUGGGGGAGGUUCUCAGGGAUCUUGGAAAGCCCAGGAAGAUUUCCAUCAUCACCCACUACUCGUGUCUUCUCUGUGGCCUGAAGACCAUCUAUAAGUCGGAGCCCUUUAUAAAGGGCGGAUAUAGACCUGAAUGUCUUAUCAAACAUAUUUCAUUUGGGCUCGUGGAAAGCGAAACCAAUGACUCUGCAUUCUAA